AUGGAUAUUCCUUCUUCACCAUUCUUAACAUCAACCCCUUAUCCUGAUUAUACAGAUGAACUUCCAGAUAACUUAUGCGCACAUUCAACAGCUUCAGAUGAUUAUGAAGCCUUAAUUUGUAUGCAGGAGGAAACUAAGGUGCGCAAGAACAAAGCUAGAGUAGUAAUCCAGCAUCGGGCCUGGAAGGUUGAAGAGGCCUUCCGCGGUCAUUCCGACUACGUAAUGGAAACCCCUCUGCAAUCUAAGAAACCUCUUCGAAAGUCGCUCACUCCACGUCCAGACUCACCCACUUAUCACGCGAAUUCCAAAUCGACGCCUCUCAAGCAUCCCAUUAACUCAUCUCCACCAAUCCGCAAGCGUCCUCGUUCGCCAUGCUCUAGAUUUUCGGCGAAGCUCAAUGCAGUCGGCGGUUUUUUGAUCGAAGAAGAAUCCGACGAUUCUGAUACAACGGAUGACGAGCCGCCGCAUAAACGGCGAAUGCCGUAUACUGAAGAUAAUUUGGACGUACAUAGGCCACCUAAAUAUUCGCAGUCAAAUCCCGCUACUGACCUAUUGGAUCAGAUUUCAAUUGAAAGAGAGAAAAUAAUACUAGAUGUUGAAGAAAGUACAAAUAUUGACCUAACGCGUUCCUACCAACAAUGUUUUACCCCGAAUCUAUUUGCUCCAGCCAGUAUUCAAACGCCGGAGAUAAUUACAGCGACCACAUGCUCUGGAAAGCUUGUUCCUAUAAAUUUGCGGAAAGAGCCUGUAUCAAUCUCGUUUGAACAGGCCGUCGCUGCAAGGUCCACUACCGCUGCAGGACGAGCAAAAAGAAGUUAUUAUGGGAUACAACUUCAUGAACUAGUAAAACAGGCAGAGCUAAUGACGGAGCAACGUGACAAAAAUAUGGCAGAGGAAGUUAUACCAACAAUUGAAGAAACUACUACCCAUCUCGGUGCACAAAAAUCUCUCAUGUGGACUGAAAAGUAUCGUGCACGGAAUUUUAUGGAACUAGUUGGUGAUGAUCGUACACAUCGGCAGGUCUUGCGAUGGCUUAAGAGCUGGGAUCCCAUCGUCUUUCCCAAAUCAAAAAGAGCUAAGCAAAUAGUAACUAAACAAUCAGGUCUUGAAAGUGAAAACGAACCUCGUAAGAUUAUGUUGCUGUCUGGUCCGCCUGGUCUUGGUAAAACUACUUUAGCUCACGUUUGUGCUGUGCAAGCUGGGUACGAAGUAAUGGAAAUCAACGCUAGUGAUGAUAGGAGCCGUGAUGUAGUGAACGGAAGGAUUAAAACAAGUAUAGGCACAGAGAGUGUGAAAACUGGCUCAAGAGUUCAAUCGAAAACUGGACAUGUGCAAAGAACUGUACAACCACUGUGCAUUAUUGUGGACGAAGUAGAUGGAGUCGUAAGUGGCUCGGGAGACUCGGGAGAAGGAGGGUUCAUAAAAGCAUUGAUUGAUCUCAUACUACUUGAUCGAAAGAACAUGGUAGCUCACGGUACCAACUUAAGUAAUACUCAUCGCCGGAAAAAGAAGAACGACGAUUUUAGAUUUCGCAGACCUCUAAUCCUUAUCUGUAAUGAUGUUUAUCACCCAUCACUCAGACAGCUUCGCCAAUCGAAUUAUGUAGAGAUCAUUCGCGUUCAUAAACCACCUCUCGAGACUAUCGUCACUCGUAUGAAAUCAAUUUUUGGGAAAGAAGGGGUCACAUGCGAUGAAGACGCUGUGCGUAGACUUUGCGAAGCCACUUGGGGUAUGAAUACUGGCGAUACACGAAAAAGUAUCAGAACAGGUGAUGGUGAUAUCCGAAGCAUUCUAGUCGUUGGUGAAUGGGUAGCUAGUAAGCUGAAGGCAUCGUCAAUGGAACGUCAGAACAUCAAACUUACCAAAAAAUGGGUCGAGCAGAACAUAAUAAAUGAUAUCUCUCACGAAGGCAAUGGAGCUCGGGGAAAUGGGCAAGGAGGGACUAGGGAUAUUGUAACGCGGGUAUUUACUGAGGGAGCUGGAUUUUCAAAGCCUGUCUUUGUUAACCCCUUAAAAAUGUCGGAAGAGCAGCCCAAAGGUCACCUUGGUGUUGCGGAACUUACGAAAAAAGCAGGUAUGGAAAGGCUGAGAGAAGUAGUGGAAGCGAACGGAGAGACAACUCGUAUCAUGACCGAUAUAUUUUCGCAAUAUCCCGAUCAGCCUUUUAAUGAUGAUUCUAUGCUAUCCAAACCGAAUGCCGCGUAUGAGUGGCUUCAUUUUCAUGAUUUAUGCUCCUCCCGAGUCUUCUCCGACCAGGCCUUUGAGCUCUUACCCUACCUUUGUCAACCAAUACUUGCGUGCCAUCACUUAUUCGCGUCGCCAGUUCGCUAUAGGCUCGGGAAUACUGAUCCUAAAAAUUGGCGAGAAGAGGAAUUAGCGAAUUCUACACCUUACUCAGGCCCACGCGCCGAUUUUGAUGCUCACGAAGCCGAAAAGUCAAAUCGUGCCAUUAUCUCAGCUCUGCAGACUGGUUUACAAGCAGCACAGGUACGAAACUUUAAGAACCCUGAGAAGAUUGCAGUAGAGAUUCUACCUUAUCUUGUAAAACUACUUAUUCCUGGAGUCAAGCCGGUCAUAAUUGGUGGUAGUGGUGAUCGGAAAUCAACUGCCAGUGUAAGAAAGGAGACCGAAAAGGCUAUGAUUCAACGAUCAGUUGGAAUUAUGGAAGAUCUAGGAAUCACUUUUCAGCACGAAAAGGCAGAAGAUGAUAUUAGUGGUAUUGGGCCAAAUUGGGUCUAUCGUAUGGAACCACCUCUAGAUACGUUGACUACCUUUGAAACAGCCAGCUCUUAUUCUACAAGCGCCUUUUUACCACCACUUUGCUACGCCAUCCGUCAGCUCCUAGGCCAAGGUUAUGAAAAGAAUAAAAUCGAACGUGAAAGCAUGACUCGACAAAUUCGCUACCAAGCCCUAAAUUCUGUUGGUGCCUCCAAAAAAUCGACAUUAAUCCAGGAGUCUUCAGCGCCUAUAUUACAACGGGAUACUAAGAAGAACUUUUUUGGUGUCUUAAUCAAUGGCCCAAAUUCGUUACAGGAAUAUGAUAGAGCUGAAGAUAAUGAUAAGAUUAGAGAUCAACGGAUCUGGGUUACCUUUCAUGAAGGAUUCUCAAAUGCUGUCCGAAAAACAUUAACGAUUGAAGAUUUAAUGAGGGGUCUGUAG